AUGACGGCGCAUUUCCACGCUAGUGAAGCCGCCUUUCUGCCCGCAGUUUCUUUUGGCGGCAAGGGUCUCUGCACUUGCGGUUCUGCACAGCUUACGACACCGCUCGACUCACCGCCAUGGGCAGGAGGCCAAAUCAGCUUAUUCUCGAGUACUUUGAACGUGGUCCGAAGCUCGAAGACGCAAGCAAUCGCUAUCAGCACACGUGCAAAUCAUGCGGUGAGAAAUUCCCCAAAGGCCGCAUAGAUAGCCUCACAAACCACCUGGUCAAGAAAUGCCCCGCCUUACCUCUGCGCGACCGCCAGCGGGCGCUGCUACAAUUUCACGAGCUGCCCCUUCCUGACAACAUGGCGCAGACUGUUGCGAAUGCGCCUGGGCCAGUGCACAAUGGACAGAAAGUGAACCUUCCAUUCACGCCCUCGAAGCAAUUGUCGGCACUCGAGACUCUUGCAGAGGUGUCGCGGCAACAUCUGGACCUCUCCGGCAAGCGUCCAGUUGACCAGCAGCAGCAGCAACAACAACAUCAUCAACAACAACAGCAGCGAGGGCCGCCUUCGCAGGUGCAUCACAACGCAGGACACGGAGAAUUGCUAGAUGAGUGGAUUCAAGACGAUAGGACUGAUGGCACCGACCUGAGCGGUCUGCCCCAUGCCAUGGACAUGUCUAGUGCGCCGGCUCUGCCGUCGAUGUAUCAGUUCAAUGGCCCUCUGCACCAUUCGCCGACGAACUCGCCUCACAUGGGCAACAUGCCACUCGCGAGCUCUGGGUCUAUGGCGCAGAUGGUGCCCUCACUUGUCAUGGCGGCCUCUGCGGCUAACGACCUCAUGCCACUGGCAAGCGGUAUGACUAUGGAUUCAGAUCUCAAUCUUUCGCACAACGGCAUGGGCUUCCAACGCCCGCAAUGGCCCAGCCUUCAACCUCACCCUUCUUUGGAUCCUUUGUUGCAAGAUCACACCAAAGAUCAACUGCUGCCAAAAGAUGAGGGUUCAUCAAAAUUUUCCCAGGCACGACCGAUUGCAAUCAAUCCGAACCCCCAGACGCACUUCACGACCGACUUCAGUAUCCAUCAGAAGCCAAUGAAGCCCAAAGUCCGGGGGCGCUUCACUGAUAGCCGGCGCAGGGAGGUGCAGGAAGUUCGCAAACGAGGCGCAUGCAUUCGGUGUCGAAUGUUGAAGAAACCGUGUUCUGGUGACAACCCCUGCAACACCUGCCAGAAUGUCGAAAGUGCGCGAUUGUGGAAGCAACCUUGCAUACGGACACGUAUUGCAGAAGAAUUCAACCUCUACUCGGCUGGUCUGCAUGGUGUGUUGGCAUAUCAUGCUACCACCUCAGCCAAAGGACAGAUACGCUUGGAUCAGACCCCUGGUCGCAUAGAAGCCUCCCAUCAUCCGGACUCUGGUAUCUUUUCAACUUUCACUCCUCUCAAAUGUCAUCAAGCUCAGGCAGCUCAAAACGCCGACAUCGAUCCAGCAAUUUUCGCCGCGGUCAGCACCCCGGAUCUCGAGCUCAUAGACGGAGAGGAUGACAUCAGCGGGAAGCUGGACCUCUACAUGAAGAAGAUUGGCCCUCACUUCCUUCAGUCAGAGGACUCAGCAUUCAUGAAGACAACACAGCAGACUGUAUCGAGGCUGGCCUUGCCAAACCAGGAUGGUCUGUUACCAAAAGUGCUGGAGCUCUGGCACUACACACGGAUACUCGCAUCUCGCAACCUACACUGGCAUCUCUUCUCAAACCCAUCUCUCCCGCCCACCCUUUCAGCACCGACACUAUCCUCCUCAGACAUGGAAGAUGCCGCACGCUUCCCCAUCACCACACUUGACCACCCCUCCUCUUACAACUUGAUCAAAAUGCAACUCAUGGGCGCGACCGAAAAGCGCGCCGCAUGCGUAGCCCGCGUCGUAAUGAACGAACUCGAGCGCCGCCUUCUCCAACGUCAACAAGCCAACCCCUUCGAAACGUUUCUCGUUGCUGUCAUCCUUCUCGCCAGCGUAGAGCGCAUGUGCUGGCUCUUCCGGACCUGGGAAGUGCAAGUACCGUCUGAACCUUCGCACACCGAGCCUGUAUCAAAGGUGGACGAGGACCUAGCAUCGGCUCUGCAGCCCCCGCCUCUGCCGGCCAUGAACGCGCAGCCAGCUCCGCGCCACCCUAAGUGGCCGCUUGAUAAGCCUGCGGCUGCUUUCUCGCAGCAAGGUGAACGGUUUAGCGAUAUCUUGAAUAUGCUGCUUAAGAUGCGCGGUGUACCGCCGAAGCCAAUUCCGCGCAGUACUGAUGGGAUGUUGGUUAUGUGGGGUGAUGAUGUGGAUGUGAUGAUUAGGGAGUGGUAUGAGGGCAUUGCGGUGACGACUCAGAUGCUUGAAGAAAGGGCUAAUGCAAAGUUUGUAGGCGAGGAUCCGGCGGAGUGGGAGUUGAAGUUUGUGGGAAAGAUUAUUAGGGGUGAUUAG